ACUGCUUCAUCUCCCUGACCCCGACCAGCAGCCAUAGAGCCGUGAGAGGGAGUUGGAGACACUAGAGUCCCUCCUCCCUGUUCCCUGAACCGCAGGCUCCUUGGCAAUAUCCCAGGAGUACCACCAGGACCAUCGACAGUGCAUGCCCAGUCUCCCUUCCCCUCCCAGAGGCCCCAGCAUGUUCCCAGAGACAUCCCAUGAGCAGCUGCUCCUGGCCCUGCCCCAGAGCUGAGACAGGCACACCCUGGCACAAGUCAUGGUCUCUCCUACUGGGUCUCAGCUAUGAAAAUGUCCCCAGUUAGCCAGGCACGGCUCAGGCACACAGCAAAGUCAUGAGUGCUGAUUGACCCAAGCCGUGCCUGGAACAAGAGUCCCAGGCCCUGCAGAGAUGGCACCCAACCCAGUCAAGGUCGCCCUCUUCUGCUUUCCGUUCCGCAAAGAAAAUAUUCGCCAAACCAUUUCUCCUUCCAGAACUGAGCCUAAUCUGAUUCCUGCCUGUACGUAUUCAUAGUCAAAAAAUUUGGAAACACUUAAAUAAUAACUCUAACACAGAAUGGCAAGGCCUAAGAUCUGUGCCAAGUGCACAGAGGUCAGGGAAAUUUUUACAGACAAUGGGGCAUUUCGGUUGGGUCUUGAAGCAUGAGUAGGAGUUCAUGGAGCUGAGAAGAAUGGAAGAGCAUUACACAUCAGGGGAACAACCUACGGAAAGGCAUAGAGCUAUUCCUGAAGGAUGAUUCAGUAUCACAUGUUUAUCCACAUUUUACAAAGGAGGACACUGAAGCUCAAGGCCUGGCUCGUCCAAGGUCACACAGCUAUAAAUGGCUUGAGACUAGGAUCCAGGUCUUUUGAUUUUGGAUCCUGAGCCCUUUCCCACUAUCAGCUCUACAGUAAAGGUCAGUUUCUGAGAGGUAGAGUCUUACCUGCUAGGGUAGUGGUCUCUCUUGGGGUUGAAGGGAGGUCCAAAGGAUGGGGCCUGCAUGAAAGAUACUUUUUUUUUUUUUUUUUGAGACAAGAGUCUCGCUUUGUUACCCAGGCUGGAGUGCAGUGGCAUGAUCUUGGCUCACUGCAACAUCUGCCUCCUGGGUUCAAGUGAUUUCCGGCUAAGUUUUGUAUUUUUAGUAGAGACGGGGUUUCACCAUGUUGGCCAGGUUGGUCUUGAACUCCUGACCUCAAGUAAUCCACCCGCCUUGGCCUCCCAAAGUGCUAGGAUUGCAAGCAUGAGCCACUGUGCCUGGCCGCAUGGAAGAGACUUUGACUGCAGCAGAUUCCAAGCUCUCGAGCUCCCCAGCAGAGAGCCAUCUCUUGGGGCAGCAGGGCAGAGCUGGGGAGAUGGGCGGGGGUGCCAGACACAGAAUGCUAUGGCCUUCUCACCUAGAAUUACCAUAGCAACAGGAGCAUCACAGAGGGCCUGCCUCGGUGCCCUUCUAGGCCCUGCCUCAGCUGGGCAGGAAGAAGGAGACCCAGCUUGGCUGGGGGCAGUAGGCAGGGGGCCCCGGGGUAAGUCAGCCAGGCCUGGAUGCUGCCUCCAGGCUUUAUGUGGGACACCUGCCAGCCCACACCCCUCUCUUGGGCCAGUCACAGAACAAAUAGGGCAGAGGCCAAGAAAGAAAAGGAGGGGGCUUGGCAUAGCUGGACAGGGGUGCUGGGGGACACUGCCAGUCCAGGGCCUGGAAGCCAGACAGACAACAGCACCUCCACCCUGAGCUCAGGCAGCCCUGAUCCCUGAAGGGCGGAGUAAACUCAACAUUCAAAGAGAUAGAAACAUAAGCCCUGGGCACCACAGAAAGACGACAGAAACCAGGAGAGGCUGGGAUACACCUAGGUCCAACUUCAUCAAACCCGGUCCUGCCCAUGACAACGGAAUAGCAUGGAAUAGACCAGAGCUGGACCAACUAGAGACACGAGGCAAGAGGAUCCACUGUGCUGCGAGGUCCCCCAUGGACUCUGCCAGGCUGCAGCCGGCCAGCCCACCCCAGCCAGACCAGGGCCUCCCGCCGCCCCUUGCAGCUGUCCCGGUCCCCUGGAAGAGCACGGACCCCUGCCAAGGCCACAGGGAGUCCCCAGGAGCCCUGGUGGAGACCUCUGCAGGGGAGGAGGCCCAAGGCCAGGAGGGCCCCGCAGCCGCCCAGCUGGACGUGUUGCGCCUGCGCAGCUCUUCCAUGGAGAUCCGAGAGAAGGGCUCCGAGUUCCUGAAGGAGGAGCUGCACAGAGCGCAGAAGGAGCUGAAGCUAAAGGACGAGGAAUGUGAGCGCCUGUCCAAGGUGCGGGAGCAGCUAGAACAGGAGCUGGAAGAGCUGACGGCCAGCCUGUUCGAGGAAGCUCACAAGAUGGUUCGAGAAGCCAACAUGAAGCAGGCUGCAUCAGAAAAGCAGCUGAAGGAGGCUCGGGGCAAGAUCGACAUGCUGCAGGCAGAGGUGACAGCCUUGAAGACGCUGGUCAUCACGUCCACACCAGCCUCUCCCAACCGCGAGCUUCACCCCCAGCUGCUGAGCCCCACCAAGGCCGGGCCCCGAAAGGGCCACUCUCGCCACAAGAGCACCAGCAGCACCCUCUGCCCCGCCGUGUGUCCCGCUGCGGGACACACCCUCACCCCAGACAGAGAGGGCAAGGAGGUGGACACAAUCCUGUUUGCAGAGUUCCAGGCCUGGAGGGAAUCCCCCACCCUGGACAAGACCUGCCCUUUCCUGGAAAGGGUGUACCGGGAGGACGUGGGCCCCUGCCUGGACUUCACGAUGCAGGAGCUCUCGGUGCUGGUACGGGCCGCCGUGGAGGACAACACGCUCACCAUUGAGCCGGUGGCUUCGCAGACGCUGCCCACAGUGAAGGUGGCCGAGGUUGACUGCAGCAGCACCAACACAUGUGCCCUGAGCGGGCUGACCCGCACCUGCCGCCACCGAAUCCGGCUCGGGGACUCCAAAAGCCACUACUACAUCUCGCCAUCUUCCCGGGCCAGGAUCACCGCAGUGUGCAACUUCUUUACCUACAUCCGCUACAUCCAGCAAGGCCUGGUGCGGCAGGACGCAGAGCCCAUGUUCUGGGAGAUCAUGAGGCUGCGGAAAGAGAUGUCACUGGCCAAGCUCGGCUUCUUCCCCCAGGAGGCUUAGGGCGCGGCCCAGGCCUGAAGGGGAGCUCUGAGACAGAGCAAACACCCACCCCAGAACAAGCCGACACACAGGGAGACGGGGGCCUGGAGCCAGCCCUGAGCCAGAGGCAGAAUGGAUGGACAGACAGGCCAUGGAGGCAGCACUGAGCCAGCACCACACGUCCACCCUGGGACAGAUGGGCCUGGACUUCACGGCAAGACCCCCCUCUCUUCCCCACUGGGUUCUGCCACCACCAGGAGGAUUUCAAGAAAGCACCAAAGACCAGGGAGCUCGGAUCCAUACUCGGGGGGCCUCAGCCCUUGGGAGGGGACACCUGAGGCAGCCAGCGCCCCCUCCCCAGUCCCCAGAACUGCCUGCAGGUGCCUUGUUGCUGGCAUGUCUUCAGAAAGGGACUGUUCUGGGUGGCUGGAUCUCCAGGGUACCCUCCACCCCAGCUGCCAAGCCCUGGGCCAGCAGCACCCCCUUGUGGCCAUCCUGUGCCUUGUUCCCUGUGGCCUCCCUAUUGGACUACUAGGAGGGGCUGGCAGGGCCUCCAUAGCACAGAACUGCCCCAAAGCCUUGUUAAGAUGAGUCAAGGCCCCUCCCCCGCUUCCUCCCUUCCUUUCCCCCUUCCUCCCUCCCCAUUCAUAAAGGCCUCCCUUGUCACCUUCCCUCCCACCCCGUCUCAGCCCUGUGCUCCUGGAGGCCCUGCUCCCAAAACCGCUGGAAGGACUGGGGCACUUUCUCCCACAGUAGAACACAGACAGGGCUUCAGAUCGCCCACGCCUGUUUUCAGCUGUGGGUGGCCAUGCAGACACGCGCCCUGGCAUGUGGGGCCUGGGUGGGCAGGCAGGACCUGGGCCCUCCCACCCAUCAGAGCCCACUCGGGACCAGCGUUCGGAGCUCCCACCUGGACACAUCCCUCACCACGUCCGGAUUUCCUUCUUUGGAUGGAAUGUAACGCGAUCUCUAUUUAAUAAAGGCAGGCUUUGUUGGUA